UUAAAACUGCAAAAUUUUGGUGGAACAGGAUCUGCCAACAAAUUUACAAUAACUGAAUUUGCAUUGGCUGUUAUGCACAGCAUUAUCAGAAGUUUAAAUGGUCCUAAAUUGCAAUGUAAUUAUAAUGAUUCCCUUAGUGGUGAAUACUUCGAUUAUGCAUAUGGCAUUGUGACUACUGGUAUUCAAUGGGUAUUUCUUAUAUUUUCUUCCGAGUUUAAAGUUGCAGCUUUGACUAGAAACAUAUUACAACUAAAUAUAUCAAGCAAAAAUGUAAAUGAAGAACAAUUGGUGAUGAAUCUUGAGAAAAUUUUUGCAGUUAUGUUUGAGGUGUUCUAG